CCCAUAUAUUAAAACAUGGUCUCUUUCUCAGGGUACAUCCUGAUUCCUCCUCAGGUUCUCAGUGGAGUGUACCUCACCCCUCUUGUAAACCACACCUGCCUUCCUCCGCUCCUGGAAGAUCCGGUUGAAAUAUCAAGUGAUUCGUGCAGUUAUUUCGUCAAUAACUCCUCCUCGGGCGAGGCGGAAGAGUUCCCGUGCACCGAGUGGGAAUAUGACACGUCAGUCUACACCAAUACUCUCACCAGCGAGUUCAACCUAGUGUGUGAGAGGAGCUACCUACGAGCCACUUAUCAGAGUAUUAACAUGUUUGGUACAACAUUUACCUGUUUGGCAAGCGGUUACAUCGCCGACAGAUUCGGCAGGAAGGCCGUGGUUCUGGUCACUCACCUGACCUAUGCCACCCUUGGCUUCUGCAUCAGCUUCGCCAGCAACUUCUCUCUGAUCCUCGCUCUCCGGUUCAUCAUGGGAUGCGUAGGACUCCCGACGAUUUAUAUUCUAGCGCUGGAGGUUUGCGAAAUCAAGCACCGAUCCGUGGUGGGAAUUCUGAUUGGACUUCCUUGGGCCUUUGGUACCAUGGCGUGGGGGGGAGUGGCUUCCCAGGUCAGAGACUGGCGGUGGCUGCAGCGCUGCGUUAUCUUACCCUUCGCCUUCUAUAUUCCCUUGCUAUUCAUAAUGGACGAGUCACCCCGCUGGCUGAUCGUGCGGGGGCAGUUCGACCGCGCCCGGAGGGUCCUGCAGAGAGCAGCUCGCUGGAACAAGACUCAGCUCCCGUCUGAGGAAGCCCUGAACAAUCUCAUGUUGGACAUCAGGGGAGAGUUGGUGGAACCAGAGAAGCCGGUGUUGAAAGAAAAACAAAACCGAAGGUGGACGUCUUUAAAAACACCAUUGCUCUGCAGAACUCGCUCCUUGCGCAUCAUCAACUUCAUCUUCAGUCUCAACCACUUCAUCUCCGAACUGGUCUUCUACGGGCUCAGCCUCAGCGGCUCCAACUACAGCGCCGACCCCUUCAUCUACAUCGUGCUCGGAGGCCUGAUGGAGAUCCCUGGAUUCUCUCUGACGGCGCCCAUCAUCAAUCGCUUCGGGAGGAAGUGGCCCACCAUCUGGGGAUACGUGCUCAGCGGCAUCGCCAUCCUCUUACUCGUGUUCAUCCCUGACAACAUACAAUGGCUGGUGAUGACGCUGGCAAUGUUGGGAAAACUCUGCAACAGCGGUGCUUUCAUGAUCAUCUUCGUGUACAUAACCGAGGUGCUGCCCACGGAAGUGCGGCUGCAGGGCGUGAGUGCCGCCAUCAUGACGUCCAAAGUGGGCGCCAUGGUAGCCCCCUACGUCACGGACUAUGUGGGGCCUCUCGUGCCAUGGGCGCCCUCGGUCAUCUUCGGCGUGUCGUCCGUCGUGGCGGGCGUGGCUCUGCUGCCCAUGCACGAGACCCUGAACGUGCCCAUGCCCGACACCAUCGAGGACGUGCCCGAUAUCACACUCAAGCCUACAUUAUUCAGGAGAAAACCAGAACUGAAGGUGGAUGAAGUAGAAGAGCUUAACAAGGAACCAGCGUAAUGUGAAGUCAACCCAUAUCAGAUUUUAUCAAUAAUUGGCCUUACUCUUCGCUCAGAAAUUAUAGAUUUCCUGUUGUCCGUAUGCAGAUGAUGCCGAUGGAUUUCUGGAAAUUCAAUCAUGUACAAAAAUAUUGCCUUAUGAUAAUUCUGUUUGAUAAAUUUCGAUUAUAAUUAUUUUCAAGAGAAUGGCAAGGCACUCUACCAUGUUGAUAAAUUGGCAGAGACACUGAUAUGUAACUUUUAAUAAAUUUCUUAUGUUUA